GGGCAUUGCCGAAUUAGCAUCGUGCCGAGGCACAACUUUUCCGAGGCCCAGCGAGAUCCAGGCGCGCGCCGGAGGAAAUAUAGUCCCUGCCGGCCGGCGGCUCGCGCUGACGGCGGCGGCAGUGGGGCGGCCGCGCGGGUGGCUGCGCGGGGCUCCCAGCGCCUGGGGGCCAUGCGCCGGGCCGCGCCAGCAGCCCAGGGACCCGGCGCAACUUGCAGGGCAGCCUGAGGAGUUGGGGUGGCCGCGGGCCCGGCGCCUUUCUUCCCCUUCGCCAGCCCCCCUCCCUUUAGGCCGUGGGGAAGGGGGAGCGUGUCCCCCUCCCCGGAGGACAGAUCCGCCCCGCCCGCUCCCGUCCCCGCAGGGCCGCGCAACUUCCCGGGAGCAGGGGCCAAAGUGAGCGCAAAGUGCUGCCCAAGUUGCCGGGAUGGAGCUGCAGAGCCGGCCCGAGGCGCUCGCCGUUGAACUCGCGCGCCACCAGAACGGCGACGUCAAGAAGCAGCUCCACGAAAGACAGCCGCGGAUCGCCGCGCUCAGCGACAAACCAGCUUUGGGAACCAUCACUGCAGUGCCUGUCACGGGUCCUCAGGUCAGCUCCUUGCAGAGGUUGGCCGGGCAAGGAGCAGCAGUGCUACCUCAGGUUAGGCCAAAGACUCUGAUUCCAGACAGCCUCCCUGUCACCCCAGGCCGGGACCGGCCACCCAAGCAGCCCCCAACAUUCCAGAAGGCCACCGUGGUCAGUGUCAAGAACCCCAGCCCAGCCCUCCCCACCGCCAACAACACCGUGAGCCAUGUGCCAACGCCCAGCAGCCAGUCCCAGGCACUCGCCGAGCCCGCCGCCCUCACCUCUCCUCUGAGCAGUGCUGGGGUGGCUUACGCCAUCAUCUCCACCGCCCCCAGCACCGCCGUGUCCGUGGUCAGCGACAGCAUCAAAGUCCAGCCCCUCCUCAUCAGUGCUGACAAGAAGGUCAUCAUCAUUCAGCCUCAAGUGCAGACGCAGCCCGAGAGCACGGCGGAGUCAAGGCCGCCCACGGAGGAGCCAUCUCAGGGAGCUCAGGCCACCAAGAGGAAGGAAGACCCGCCCCUGCGCCAGGAGGACCCCGAGAAAAUCGCCUUCAUGGUGGCGCUGGGCCUGGUGACAACGGAACACUUGGAAGAAAUCCAGAGCAAGCGCCAAGAGCGGAAGAGAAGAAGCACAGCCAACCCCACCUACAGCGGCCUCCUGGAGACAGAGAGGAAACGGCUGGCGUCCAACUAUCUCAACACCCCCCUGUUCCUCACAGCAAGAGCCAAUGAGGACCCCUGCUGGAAGAAUGAGAUCAGCCACGAUGAGCACUGUGCCACCUGCAAGCGCGGGGCCGAUCUGCAGCCCUGCGGCACCUGCCCGGGGGCCUACCACCUCAGCUGCCUGGACCCGCCGCUCAAGACAGCGCCCAAGGGCGUGUGGGUGUGCCCCAAGUGCCAGCAGAAGGCCUUAAAGAAAGAUGACAGUGUGCCCUGGACCGGGAUGCUGGCCAUUGUGCACUCCUAUGUCACCCACAAGACAGUCAAAGAAGAGGAGAAACAGAAGCUGGUGCAGAGAGGCAGCGAGCUGCAGGGUGAGUGCCGGCGGCUGGAGGAGCGGGACCAGCGCCUGGCCUCGGCGGUGAAGAAAUGCCUGGACCUGAAGACGAACCUGCUGGCCCGGCAGAGGGGCACCCAGUCGUCCUUGGACCGCCUGCGGGCCCUCCUGAGACUGAUUCGGGGUGAACAGAUGCUCCAGGUCACCAUGACGACCACCAGCCCCGCCCCACUGCUGGCCAGGCCCUGGACCAAGCCCUCGGCAGCAGCCAUGCACUCUGCCCUCCAGCACCCUCAGGGGCACAACUGACCCCGAGAGACCCAUCUUCACAGCCACGGAAAGUUACUGGGACCCUGCUCACAAGACCUGAGGGUUCUGUCAGCCUUAAUCCAUAAACACUAUGAAUUUCAAACAAAAAUAAAACCAGACAGAGACAGAGGACAAAGGGAGAAGGGGCUGUGUGGGAGUCCUAGAGCUGGGAUGGGCGGGUAUGGAGCCCUGCCCGCUCCCUUCCGUUCAGACGGGACACCAGGAAGCCCGUGGGGUGUGAGGGGCCCGGGCACACAGCCCCAGGGGUUGGGGGGCUGCCCAGGCCUCCAGCUUCUAGGUACAGCUGUCCCCAUGGCCUCAGCUGCCCCGCAGAGAGGGAAGGGCAGAAGUGUGGAGGUGUGGAGGGGCCAGAAGACUGGGCAGGGCUACUAGUGUCCUGCGGGAGGGGCAUCGAGACCCUGACACAUAGCUGAGCAUAGAGGUAGUUGGACAAGAAGUGGAUAGCAAUCUAGGUAGGACCCCGAGGGCCUCCCUCGCAGGGGCCCACUGGGGCUGGCCCAGGCCUGGGGUGUACCCAGCGCCUUCCCACAACCCCCGGCCCCUGCCUGUCAGUAUUAUUAGCAUUAAGAAUCAGAAAUGUUUACCUUGAAAGCAGCUCCGUGCUGCACGCUCCCAAGGGGCGCCGUUCUGUCCCCCUGCCUGGCUUCCGUCUGCCCCGAUGUCUUCGGAGCUGCCCCGCUGUGCCCCUCCUUCCAGCGGCUGAUCUUUCUGGACUCUCUGUGCCAUUGAUGUAUUGUUCUCGUGGAGUUCUUGGGCAAGGUGGAGCUGCAGCCAUGCGGGGAAGUCAUUUGGCAGGUUUUCUAUUUGGGGUUGAAUCAUUCCACUUAGGACUGAAGCCUUUUAUUUCUCCUUUCAAAGAGCCGAUGAAGUAUUCCGUUCCUCUUUUCUUGCCAGUACAGACACUAUGCCAAAAAAUAACUUGACAUUUUUGUAUGGUGUUUUUAUUGUAAGAUAUUCAAUGUGAAGCGGGGGGGGGACACUUGCUGACUUCUUUUCCUGCUUACAGGAGUCUCUGCUGCAAGGUACCAAGGGGGACCCCUCCGGGGGGCUGCCAAACUGGAGAGAUCCAGAGGGUUUUUUAAAAAAUGGGGUGAGGGUGGGGGAGGAAGGGCCAUAGCCUGUGGAGGGCUUGGCCUUGGGAAUGGAGGGCCUCUGUCCUUUCGUCUCCUUGAGCUGGUGAGAGCUGAGGGUGCGCAUGCCAUCCUGCGGGGGCCCAUGUGUCCCAGGGUGGGCCAUGCUGGCCCUUCACCCCCAGCAGCUUCUCCAGUCCCGAGGGACGCAGCACACAGGAUAAGCACCCCGGAGCCAUAGGGUUCCCACCCCCUGCAUAUCACAUGGUGCCGAACUGCAUGGAGUACACGUGUGCGUGUGUGCACGCAGCCCCCACCACCGCGUACACACACGCACACAGACAGGUGCAGAGCAAGGAGGCUGGCCAGAGUCCCACAGACUGCCACGGUCCCCUCUGUCAUUCUCACGACUCCGGGAGAAACUGUGCUGUCCGAUACAGAUCUAUUUUAAUACACCUAACACUGGGUUGAACAAGAUUUUUAUAUUCUUUUAUUGAAGAACAAAGUGAACUGUGAGACACAUGUCUUAUAUAUUGGCUACUCUAGAUGCCAGUUACGCAUUACCGCGUGGCUUGCCAUGUUCAUGUCUUCAGGUUCCUUUUUGUGGGUUCGUUUUCCUUGGAUGGGUUGAAUUCGGUUUUUUAAAACAUAUCAUGGGAGGAUCUGAAAGGUUGGACCCGGGAGGGGUAGCUGCUGACGUGUCUUGAGACUUAGUUUUUUGGACCAAGGAGGACCGUCCAGUGGGUAGUGAGGAUAGAGAAAAGUGUUUGUCCUAAAUAUGCCAAUUAGUUUUCCUUCUGUACGAUUAAAUUUGAUGAUUUCAAAGUCCUGUGGUUUUCGUUUUCUUGCCUU